AUGUCAUCUAAUGCACCCAAUGCAGUGAGGCUGGAUAUUGCCCCACCUGGUUUUUCUGUGGCACAUUAUAAUAGACCUGGUCGGCGUAGUGGUGGCAUCUAUGUUGUACACCGGGCGACAUUUCGAUGUUCAGCGCUAGAUUUUGGUAUUUUCACAAUGUUCGAGCUGCUUGUCACCAAGCUCGUAUGCCCUGAGUCGGCUAUUAUUCUCGCUGUUCUUUAUUGCCCUCCUGGUCCGGCUGUUGAUUCGUUUUUUGAAGAACUGGAGACUUUGAUAAUUUACUUACAUUCAUCUUCAUCUUUCUUUAUAAUUUGUGGCAAUUUCAACUGUCCUGGUAGCGAGCGUCUAUCCUCCCUUCUGGAAGAAAAUAACUUAUUUCAACACGUAAGCUUUCCAACACACUGGUGUGGUAAUACUCUUGAUCUAAUCAUCAUCUCGACUUCGUUUUCCGACAGCAUAAAAGAUGUGAAAUCAUUAAAUGUCACCUACUCUGACCAUAAAAUUAUUCUUGUAGACAUAUGUACAUUCAGUACUCCGCCCCUAGUUGAAACUCGUACAUAUGAGCCUAUACAUUGCAUUAACCUAAACAGAUUUCAAUCUGACUUAAUGGCUGUUGUCAAUUCUCUGCUCUCUGCUUCACUGAAUCUAUCCUGA